AUGCUGAGCGCCUCUGCCUCCAACAACCACUCGCUCUUCUCCUUUGGCCGGAGCAAUGGCACCAGCGCUACCGCCGCAAGCAGUAGCAAGCAUCCACAACCUCCACAGCAUCUCCCACCGCCACUCCCGCCCCAGAUCAUCCACACCGACGACGACUCAGACGACCCGGACGACCCCUAUCUCGACACCGAAGGCGACUUGGCUGGCUUAAGCGCGAGCUACGACUUUUUGCCUUCGGUCAGCUUCGACGACCUCCAGAGCAGCCUCGAAUCUGCCUCCACUGACUUCAAGCUCGCCCAGUUCCCCUCGCCCUCUGGUCACGGCAGCAUCCUGGACGCCCAGAGCGCCGUUGACAAGAUGGUAGAGCAACAGUCGGCCAGCGGCCCGCGCUCUGCGGCCAAUGCGGCUGCGGUGGCUGCCGCAGCCACUGCAUCAGGCACCGGAUCGACUACAAACAACGCAACAGGCAAUAUGACGGCAACAAACACGCGCGUCGUUGGCCCACAGUCUGCGUCCGCGUCGACAAUAGCGAGCUCGUCGCGAAUCUCAAAAUCGGGCUCCAUUCUGCGCCGUCCUAGCAUCACAACACGACAGACUAUGAAUUUGUCUGGCCCAACCUCGUCUGCCACGGCGCCCGAUGCUGGAGUCAUCCCUGCGUCGUCGCGCCAACGUCGGCAGAGCCACUACCCGCCAGUGUCCAACAGCAACAUCGGCAAGCCGCCGAGAAAGUCAAUGGGCCCGGGCGUGUUGGACUCUGAAUUCAGCUCAGGUCUGGGGCGCUCGGCUUCACGGCGGCGCCCUAGUUUGGCGUCAAACUCGGAUCGACCCAUCUCCGGCUCUGCCCGGUCUUCCAUCGAUGGCGGCAACCGGCUGGGGAGCAGCGGCGGUAGCGAUGCUACAAGGAACCUCAAUGGCUCACGCGCCUCGAAAACGCGCUCCUUCCAGCAGUCGUCCCGCGCAUCCAUAUCUGUCGCUCUCGAUCCUACCAAGGCGUCGGGCUCGGGCUUCCAACGGCCACCAAGGACCGUCAGCCACAGCAGCAGCACCGGUAACUUCAACGGCAGCGCAUCGACCAACAGUAACACCCUCAGUACCAAGUCUGCGACGUUUGGUCACUCGACCGCCUCGAAACGCAUGUCCAUGGCGCCGGUUCUACACGCAUCGCACGCUACCGGCCUCGGUGCACGAACUGUCAGUCCGACUGACGCGCGUCGUAUGAAGCGCAUGUCGAUAAUGCCCCCAUCAACAAACUCCGCCAUGUCAGCCGGCAACAGUAUCAGCAGCAGCACCGGGACAGGAAACGCGAACGGCAACAACAACAACCGGGAUGUUCCCCAGACAUCAAACGUUCCUCUUCCCUCCUCGUCUUCGUCAGAUCUCCGCGCUUCGUCGCGCUCGCCCUCGAUGCUUCCGCGAAAGACAUCCACUCCGUCUUCCUCGAGAACAACACCGGAUCCCAACCGCAAAUCUUACAGCUCCGGCUUUUCUAUCGGCUCGUCCAUGAGCUUCAACACCGUGCGCAGCUCGACCGGCUCGAUCCAACCCCGCUUACCCCAGGGAGGUGCAGGUGCGUCGAGCAUCAACAACACAGGAUCUCGCCUGCCUGCUCCUAAGCCACCAAUCUUGCACAACUCCACUCCCAACAUUGAUGACAGUGAAGAUGUGCCCCCGGUACCUGCCAUUCCCAAAGUCUACGACUCACCCAAGGAGUCUCCGGCCGAGCUGUCCUUUUUCGAGAAGCGCAAGUCGAACUUGGCCUACGAUGGUAGCAGCAUACACAGCGCAUCCACGGCAAGCAUCUCGGGCACCCAGCCGCUGGGUCUCGACCCACCCGUCAAGAUCCAGCGGAAGGCAAGCACAAGAGCUACAAAGGACUAUGACAAGGCGAACCACACUGUGACGGGCAUAACGUCAAUGACUGGAAAGAAGAAGAACUUGCAACCACUUCGCUUGCCUCCCAUGAAUCUGCAGCCGCUCAGCGUGCCCACCGCCGCCAAGAUUGCAGCGCUACAAGAGCAGAUUGCGGCCACACCGGACCGGAACCUCAGCCCUCCACCCUCGCGCAUCAUUGCAAAAACACCGACCACGCCCAUGACUGCCUCCAAGGGCUCGUUCUUCUCGCGGCAGCGCAAUGAGGAGCGCGCCGAGCUCACUUUGGCCAUGCGCAGCAGCUCAUCUGUCCAUCACCAUCACCACCACCACCAUCACCACAAUACGCUGACAGAAAGCGGCAGCGGCGGCAGCGGUGGCAGCGGCGGCGACGAUGACGACACGAGCGCUUCUGACUUUUAUGCGGCGGCAGAGCAGGCGACCAAGACAUCGUCUCUCCAUAAACCCUCGAUCUCGCCCUUCCUCUCGUCGUCGGCUCCAAAGGGCAAUUCGAUGGGCCCGGCCUCAUUCAACACGUCCAAGACACCCGGCGACGAUAGUGACAGUGCCUACACAACGCCUUCCUCUUUCAUGACCCCGAUCCCGCCUCCAAUCCCUGCAUCAGCGUCCGCAUCGACAAUUCGGAAACCUUCGGGACCUCGCGCGCCUGCGCCUACUCCAUCCCGGGCGUUUGCGCCGCUCGAAUCCGUCAGCACCAUCAUCACGGGAGACGCAUCGUAUCUAGAGCCCAUGCCUACUUCCACAUCCACUGGGGGCCAGGCUCCAAGAUCGCCGCCACCGAUCUCGAGCCCUGACGAGCCCCCUACGCCGUCGUCCAUAGGCUCGUCUCUGCGUCGCAAGCUGAGCCUAUCAUGGAAGCGGAGCAACUCCAAGUCGAGCCUUAGUAUCCAGGGUGGCUCCAUCUCGGACAAGCCAGCAGAUAUGCCUGCUUCCGACUACAAGCAAAUGCCCGCGUUACAGCAGCAGCAAGACGACCAACGUCAGAACACCGGCCACCGUCGGCAGAUCUCGAUCAAUGACAAGCACGAUGGCAUGCCACCGCCCCGCGUCCCCAAGUCGGCAACGAUGAACCAGAUGCCUUCGUCCAAGAAGAGCCAGAGUCCGACACUCGUGGCGCCCGCUGCUGCCAAGACGCCGGGGACGUACUUGGAUUCGAGACGCCGCAAGAGCUCUGCUUCGAGCCUUAACGCCAUUCUAGCCCAUGACAAGAAGCCUGAGCCCUCGUGGGCCAACGGUGACCGCCCUCACGCCAAGGACGCGUCUGCGUCUUCAACGGUGGCGGCUAGUUCCGAGGUUGGAACGGCUGUCUCCCAUAUGCACACCGCACACUCUUCGCACACGUCUUCGGUCAUGCAGAAGAUCCUCAAGACGAAGCAGUCUACAACGUCCAUUCGUCACCACCAUGACAUGUGGACUGCCGACCUGGACAGCGACGACCUUGUCGCCGAAGAGGAAAUGCGGAAACUGGGUGCCCGGCGCAAAGACACCGAGCUGGCGGCCCGCACACUCGACGCCCUGCGCAAGCGUGCCACACCCAAAGAGCGCGUCAGCCACCAGGAAGCUGCCCGCAUUGCCAUGCUCAACAUCUAUGAGCGUGGCGAGAUUGUCGACUACCACGAUAUUUACUUUUGCGGUACACAAAACGCAGCCAAGGUGGCCGGCAACCCAGACUCGGACAAGAUUCCCAACUUUGGCUACGACGACGAACGUGGUGACUAUGCUAUCGUUGCCGGCGACCACCUCGCUUACCGCUACGAGAUUAUCGAUCUUCUUGGCAAGGGCAGUUUUGGUCAGGUCGUGCGCUGCAUCGAUCACAAAACAGGCGUCCUUGUUGCUGUCAAGAUCAUCCGGAACAAGAAGCGUUUCCACCAGCAGGCUCUUGUCGAAGUCAACAUCCUGCAAAAGCUUCGCGAAUGGGAUCCGAAAAACAAACAUAGCAUGGUCAAUUUCACGCACAGCUUUUAUUUCCGCGGCCACCUUUGCAUUUCGACAGAGCUUCUGGACAUGAACCUCUAUGAGUUCAUCAAAGCCAACUCGUUCCGCGGCUCUUCGCUCAAACUCGUCCGGCGCUUCACCAAGCAGAUGCUCAGCUCACUCAUGCUCCUCAAGCAGCACAAGGUCAUCCAUUGCGACUUGAAGCCUGAGAACGUCUUGCUACGGCACCCGCUGCACACGGAGCUCAAGGUCAUUGAUUUUGGCUCCAGCUGUUUUGAGAACGAAAGGGUCUACACCUACAUUCAGUCCCGCUUCUACCGCUCGCCCGAGGUUAUCUUGGGCAUGACGUACGGCAUGCCCAUUGACAUGUGGAGUUUGGGCUGCAUCUUGGCUGAGCUGUUCACAGGAGUGCCCAUAUUCCCCGGUGAGAACGAGCAGGAACAACUGGCGUGCAUCAUGGAGGUGUUUGGCCCCCCCGAGAAGCACCUGAUCGAAAAGAGCACGCGCAAGAAGCUCUUUUUCGACAGCAUGGGCAAGCCGCGCCUAACCGUCUCGUCCAAGGGCCGUCGGCGCCGUCCGUCGUCCAAAACUCUCCAACAGGUCAUCAAGUGCGACGAUGAGGCGUUCCUCGACUUUUUGAGCCGCUGCCUGCGGUGGGAUCCGGACCGACGCCUCAAGCCCGAAGAGGCCAUCCGCCACGAAUUCAUUACGGGCCAAAAAGCCGUCGUCCGCCCGCCCGUUCCCCGCCAUAGCUUGAGCACGCGCGACGGUUCGCCAGUGCGCCGCCACCACACCAUAUCCGUUUCUGGCACGGGCGGGCCACGGCCCUUGCCCGAACCCCCUCACAGCACAUCGGGGGGCAGCAAUACCGUCAAGAUUGGUGCUGCUCCGACGCUCCGUGCCGGUCGGGAGUCUCUGGGUGUCGGCGCCCACAAGUCCAUCAAUGCCCCGACCAUUGCGUCAGCAAGACGGGCCUCUGCCGUAUCGGCGUCGACGACGUCGGCGAGCAUGAGCAAGCGGACGAGCGGAACGGCAGGGAUGGGCGGCAGCAGCACAAGCGGUGGCACUGUGGGGGGCUUGACCAGCAAUCUCCCACGGGCGGCUGGCCGUGUUGUUAGCGGCGGCUCCCUCGGGAGUAGCGUGUCAAAGCCGGACCUGGCUGCCGCCGGGGCUGCGGCCGCCAUGACCCGGCGGGCAUGA